AUGGGGGUCAUCGACGAAGACCAUGUGCAUCAGUCCACUAACUCCAAGCGUUUGAGCAUCACCUCGAAUUUACAGUUUAGUCAUUUCUUCUAUUGCCUUUUCUUUGCUAUUGGAUUGUCUUUAGGUGUCAUUCUCAGCUUAUGUAUUCAGAGCUUCCCAUUCAAUUCACAACCCUCAAUUUAUUCUUUCAGUUUGCCGAAACCCCCAGUUUUGCCUCAAACAGACUCUCCACCUCCACUGUUGCCACCUCCGCCACAGCAAUCACCAAUGCCACCACCACCGCCGCCGUCACUGUCGCCGCAGCCUCCACUGCUUGUAAUAUCCUCGAUGAACGUUAGUUGUCCCACUAAUAAUUCUAGUAGUAACUGUACAACCGUUGUUUCGUUGAAAGAACAGAAACUUGGGCUUCUCAUGCACGAGAUGAAAGAUGAGGAGUUGUUUUGGAGAGCGUCAAUGGUUCCGAGGAUCGAAGAGAUGCCUUACAAGGAUGUUCGUCUAAAAGUGGCUUUCAUGUUCUUGACGAAGGGUCCCCUGCCGUUGGCUCCUUUGUGGGAGAGAUUCUUUCGAGGACAUGAGGGAUUUUACUCCAUUUAUGUCCACACCGACCCUUCUUUCAACGACACAACGCCUCAGACUUCUGUCUUCUAUGGUAGGAGAAUUCCUAGUCAGGCAGUAUAUUGGGGAACGGCAUCAAUGAUCGACGCGGAGAGACGGCUGAUAGCAAAUGCACUGAUGGACUUCAGCAACCAAAGAUUCGUCCUCGUCUCCGAGUCAUGCAUACCUCUCUUCAACUUCACCACUAUCCACUCUUACCUAAUCCACUCCAACCACAGCUUCCUCAACUCCUUCGACGACCCAAGAAAGGCCGGUCGAGGCCGAUACAACCCCCAAAUGUCCCCUCAUAUCAACAUCACCCACUGGCGUAAGGGCUCCCAGUGGUUCGAACUCCGCCGAGACCUCGCCCUUCGCCUCAUCUCAGACCGAAAAUACUACCCCCUCUUCCGAGACCUAUGCCGACCCUCAUGCUAUAGCGACGAGCAUUACAUUCCAACGCUUGUCAAUAUGCUCUACGGUCCACUCAACUCCAACCGAAGCAUUACUUGGGUGGAUUGGUCCAGGGGAGGCCCUCACCCUCGUAAAUUCGGUUGGGUUGAUAUUACGAGUGAGCUUUUGAAUCUGAUCAGAUUCGGGACGUCGGGCUGCAUUUACAAUGGAAACGUUAGCUCCGUUUGUUUUCUCUUCGCCAGAAAGUUCUUACCAAAUACUUUGGAGCCACUUUUGAGAGUGGCUCCUUCGUUGCUUGGUUUUAAUCCCUAGCUACGCUACUUAUCGAUUCUAUUAUAUAUAUGUGCAAAACUUUUGCCUAUACUGCUUAAGUUUUUUUUUUGUAAAUUAAAUGACAAAACUAUAUUUGUACCA